AUGGAGUUACUAGCAGCAUAUAUCGUAGCUGUACUGAUAGUUCACCAUGCUGGCUGUUCCCCCUGUAAGCCACAUCUGGACCAGGUUUGCUCCUGUAAGCAGGGACAGCUGAACAGCCAGGAGACAUGUACAGUUUGCGCAUGCUCACACGACGGGAACUUCGGACAGUGCACAACGUCGCAAUGGUUGAACAUCAGCACAACCUGGAUAGUAGAAGAGAGUAGUGGUUCCUCUACUGUGGACUUUGCUGAGAACAUGUUUGACGGCGACUCUGCUACAGUUUGGGAGCCUCUCGACAAGCCAGAGGGUUAUGAACAUUGGGUAAUAGUUGAUCUACAGACCAGCUUUAGGAUUCGCAGAGUGACCAUCGCUAAUAAUGGUGAUGGUGUCCAUGAUGUUGUCAGCUUUGUCAUGGAAAGCUCAACCAGCAGCCCCUAUGUGUGGGAAACUGCCUACAGCUCGGCUGAGGUUCUAUCUGGGAUCCCCAUGCCGCAGUACUCCUCACCUGAUUUUGUUGGUCGCUACCUGAAGCUUAAAGUCAACACUCAGAGUGGAGUCAGACCUUCUCUUAGGGAAGUGUCUCUUUAUGGGAAAGAGAAUACCGGCGACCCUGAGUCAUUACCAUGUCCUGUCCUUAACACCGGCUGCAUCAUAAGCGACACGGCUGGAGAAACAGCGCCUCCUGGUGACCAGGACUGUUUUGUCACCGCCAACAUUUACGAAGGACUACGAAGAUGA